AUGCAAAAGAGAACUUGUGUGCUUUGUGGAGUGCUUGCCUCACAGGCAAGCAUGAAGCAAUCUAGCAUCAAUAAGAAAUGGAAUAUCGUGUUAGCGGCAUCUCUUUCGUUGGCCGGAUUUCUGGAUACCGCUGAUGUGGGGAAUUUGGUAGAGAGAAUCACUUCCCGCAGCAAGUAUUUAUGCCCAUCGCAUGUGGUUGUAGCGGAGGGGUUGGAGGAGGGUGUACCCGCAGCGAACGCAGGGCAACAAGAUGACAGUGCAGAGCCAGGUCGCAGGGGAGUCGCAGAAGAGGAAGUAGAGGUCGAGGACGUAGAAAUGGUUGAAGAAGUGGAUACUAGUGAAGAUGAGGCACCUUCUGAAACAGAAGAGGGGUCCGUUUAUGAACCUGAAUCAAGUGAAUCGGAAUUCAGCUGUGAUGGCGACGGUGAGCAGCUGAGCUACUCGAUUCUUGUGAACGUUAGCGUGUUAGUCGUGAUGAUUACCACAAAACGUGCGAAUCUCAUGAUGGGACCACUGCUAAACAAUGUUGCUGUUAAUUGCAACACGUUUCCUCAUUUCAUCUCCAAUGAUAGUGAUGUUGAACUAACGUUUCAUCCGUCCGGUAUACAGCAUACAUUCUUCUGCUUGUUAUUGAGCAUGCGAAUACUCCGUCAGCAGACCGGUGUAGCUGGGCAUUAUAUAUCGAUUCCGCCGAGUGUCGACAUUUCGUCACCGCCAUCAAUCCCAAGUUGCGUAUUUCAUGUUGCCGCAUCGAAGAAGUGUUGUCGACUGUUUCUUACAAGCCUUCCAAAUAAGCAUACAUUCUUCUGCUUGUUAUUGAGCAUGCGAAUACUCCGUCAGCAGACCGGUGUAGCUGGGCAUUAUAUAUCGAUUCCGCCGACUGUCGACAUUUCGUCACCGCCAUCAAUCCAAAAGACGUGA